AUGUCCAGAAUCACCCUGGACAGUCCCUCAAACUUGACAGAAGAUAAGAAAUUCAACCAGGUGGACAGCGAUGCCCAAUGCGGACAUUCUUCCCCGCAUUCCACCAGCCAUUUCAUGCAAUUCUCAACGUGUUAUCAGCUCAUCGGCAACUCUGCCCGCCACCGCCGGGAAUCGGACGACGAUCCGAGCGGAGCUUUCUUCGCCCUCGAUAGACGUGGCCUGGUCUCAGAUGAAAAUUAG